AUGACUCGUUGUCGACUGAUUGAAGAGAAGUUUGGUCAUGAUGUCCACAUUGGCAGCCUGCCACACUUGUCCCAGAUCAACACUGAGGGCUCAGCGAUUCGGACAAAGUGCGAUCUCUGUUUGAUGGGAGAUCGGGGAGGACAGAUGUUGAGUCUUCCCAGAAAAUGCAAAGACAGAUGGGUUGUCGGAACAGUGAACGGCCAACCACUCUGGCAAUGCGCAUUUUCAUUUAUGCUGAAUCGGUAUUGUACCUUCACCAAGGGCAUUGAGAACCGACAGGAUAUGUACAACCUGGUGUACCAUGUUGGAGAAGGGCAUUACCCUAUUCAACAUAUUGCGCCCCCGCCGAACGUUUUCCAGUAUCUGGAGGUACGCGAGAAGCUGGAGGAGGAGCCAGUUGAGCAAGACUAG